AAAUUAAUUACAGAUAAGAAAGAGGAGGAGGAAGAGGAGCGAUAGAAAGCUGAGGAUGCAGGUUUGGUCCGAAACACACAACCUCCCCACUCUUAGCACACAGCAGGAGCGGCUACACCUCGGUGAAAUACAACUUCAAGUGGUCUCAUCAGCCGACGACGAGGAGAUGCGUCCGCAAAAGCUUUGAUUCGACCCCUUCACAUCCUCCUCCUCCCGUCUUUAGCCCGCACACUGAUUCCACUUCGACGGUAAGGCAGACAGGCGGAUUGACACAAGCCAGACACGAUGCGCGGAUCUCCCCGACAUGGGACAGCCGUGGGAUUUAUAGUGCUGCUGAACGCGCUGCUGCUUGCGACACAGGCUGCAGAAGGAGCAUUGACGGACCAUCUUCUUGUUGAGUUGCACGAGGACGCACAGGAUGAGGCGCACCAACUUGCAACACAACAUGGGUUCCAGAGUGCCCGAAAGCUUUCCUUUGGAGAGGGGCUCUUUCACUUCUAUCCUCAGGACACUUCAAAGAGGCGGAGCAAACGCAGUGCCCACAGCAGACAGCGGCUCCAGAAAGACCGCAGGGUGAAGAAUGUCUUUGAGCAAGAGGGUUUUAGUCGUCAAAAGCGAGGCUACAGAGAUAUCAAUGAUAUUGAAGUCAACAUGAGUGACCCUCUAUUCACAAAACAGUGGUAUCUGAUAAACACAGGCCAGGCAGACGGGACCCCUGGGCUGGAUCUUAAUGUGGCUGAAGCUUGGCAACUGGGCUACACGGGCAAAGGAGUUACCAUCGCAAUCAUGGACGAUGGCAUCGACUAUCUACAUCCAGACCUGGCAUCAAAUUAUAAUGCCGAUGCCAGCUAUGACUUCAGCAGCAAUGACCCGUUCCCAUUUCCACGCUACACAGACGACUGGUUCAACAGUCAUGGCACACGAUGUGCCGGAGAGGUGUCUGCAGCGGCCAACAACAACAUCUGCGGUGUGGGAGUCGCCUACAACUCCAAAGUGGCAGGUAUCAGGAUGUUGGACCAGCCCUUUAUGACUGACAUUAUUGAGGCAUCAUCCAUCAGCCACAUGCCCCAGGUUAUUGACAUCUACAGCGCCAGCUGGGGACCAACCGAUGACGGAAAGACGGUGGAUGGACCGCGAGAGCUCACGCUGCAGGCUAUGGCUGAUGGCGUCAACAAGGGGCGUGGAGGAAAAGGCAGCAUCUAUGUGUGGGCAUCAGGAGAUGGCGGCAGCUAUGACGACUGCAACUGUGACGGCUAUGCCUCGAGCAUGUGGACAAUCUCCAUCAACUCAGCCAUCAAUGAUGGACGCACCGCCCUGUACGAUGAGAGCUGCUCCUCCACCCUGGCAUCCACGUUCAGCAACGGACGCAAGAGGAACCCAGAGGCUGGCGUUGCCACCACGGACUUGUAUGGGAACUGCACGCUGCGUCACUCUGGAACAUCAGCAGCAGCUCCAGAGGCAGCUGGUGUCUUUGCUCUGGCAAUUGAGGCGAACCCUAACCUGACAUGGAGAGACAUGCAGCACCUCUCAGUCCUAACCUCCAAGAGGAACCAGCUCCAUGACGAGGUUCACCAGUGGAGGAGGAACGGCGUGGGCCUCGAGUUCAACCACCUGUUUGGCUACGGUGUGCUGGACGCUGGGGGCAUGGUGAAAAUGGCCAAGGAAUGGAAAACUGUGCCUGAGCGUUUCCACUGCGUAGCCGGAUCCAUUCAGGAUGCCCAUAAAAUCCAGACCGGCAACAAACUGGUGCUGACCAUCACCACUGAAGCCUGUCAGGGGAAGGACAACUUUGCCCGCUACCUGGAGCACGUUCAGGCGGUGGUCACUGUCAACGCCAGCCGCCGCGGCGACCUCAACAUCAACAUGACCUCACCCAUGGGCACAAAGUCCAUCCUGCUGAGCAGAAGGCCCCGUGACGACGACUCCAAGGUGGGCUUCGACAAAUGGCCCUUCAUGACCAGCCACACCUGGGGUGAGGACCCCCGCGGGACCUGGGUCCUGGAGGUGGGCUUUCAGGGCGAGGAGGCACAGCGCGGAGCCCUGAAGGAGUGGACUCUCAUGCUGCAUGGAACACAAAGUGCCCCUUAUAUAGACCAGAUAGUGCGUGAUUAUCAGUCCAAACUUGCCAUGUCCAAAAAGGAGGAGCUGGAGGAGGAGCUGGAUGAGGCUGUCGAGAGAAGCCUAAAGAGCUUGCUGAGUAAAAACAACUAAAGUCACAUCUGCAUGUUGCCAACUCUUUCACUUCCUCUUAUCUUCCUCCCUCUCAGCGAUCUUGCUCUAUCCUUCUCUAAAUCUCCUCUGUUCUUCCCAUUCUCUCGUCAUCCUCCCUUUUGUCUACCUCUCUUCACUCUGCUUUUUGUUAUCAAGUGUUUCAAUUAGCGCCCAACCUUCAAUGAAUGUUUCUUGUAAUCCAAUCAUGAUAAAAGUGUAACCUUUAUUAAUCUGUUCUACAUAGAGAAAGCAAACUAUAUCACCAGAAUUUUUACACUUUACAGAAUUGUACAUUGAAUCAAAUAUAAUCCACUCCCUCAUGCUCUUGCUUUAACUGCCCAGCACCUCUCUUCUGCCAACUGUUGUACAGUUUGUGACUGUAAAUGAUUUUCUGUGCCAUUCUACUUAAAGUUUAAUAUCUUGCAAACGGAGCAGUGAUACUUCUUUCUGUUGAUAUUUGUAUGUGACAUGCACUGUUAAUAUGAACAAGGAAAGGAAUAUGUGAUUUAUUUUGCAGCCUGUGGUCCUCAGUUCAUAUUUCAUAAUCUUUGACGUAUGCCAUAAUAAAUCUAUUUAGCUGUUUAUUUAA